AUGGGGGUUGCAAUUUUGGCGGCUCAGAAGCCGAACUGGAGGUCUAUGUCGAACCACUCCGGCAAGACUGGGUCAUACGACGAAUUUACUGAGCUCGCUACGCUGUCUGUCAUUGUGCAAAGAGUGCAUGAACUCGAUUCUCACAACUUCUAUCGCGUUCGGGACAACAUUAGAGCAAGCGGAUAUGCCGCGAACAUUGAAGAGCAUAGCCCUCAUUUGAAAAAGCCCUCAUAUCUAGUGGGUUGUAGCUAA